CCACUAUUAGUAUAAAUAUUCCAGUACUGAGGAAGGGUUUGCAGUAGAAAUAGUUUAUCUGUUUGUCUUUGGCAGAGAACCCAAUAAGCAUCCGGUGAGACAAGAUGAAGCUCUGUAUGCUGUUUGUGCUCGGAAUCCUGGUGGCAAUCACUGACGGAAUGCCACCGAUCAGCAGGGACCUCAACACGCACUGUCGGUGCAUGCAGGUCGAGUCGAGGAUCAUCCCUCCAGAAAACCUGAAGAGCAUUAAAUUGAUCCCAGCAGGGCCCAGCUGUGCUGAAACUGAAGUCAUAGCCGGUCUGGUGAGCGGGGAGGUCUGUCUCAAUCCUCGGGCGGCCUGGGUGAAGAAGCUGGUCCAGUUUGUUCUUGAGAGGAAGACGAAGAAGAAGGGAGUCCUUCCCAAAAAGAAGCCAUGAGGAUUAAGCAGCACUUCUAGAAAACGCUAAAAUGAAAGCGGAUAAUACCUGCAGCCAUGAGCCAUAUUAUUAUACGCUUGUUUGUUGUAUAACAUCUCUUAUUUAAUCAUAUCAUUGUCUGAAUUUUACCUUUUCUUUGACCUUUUUUUUUUUUUUUUACAAACAUUA